AUGGAUCAAUAAGCAGACGGCGAAGGCAAUUUAGGAAUUUAAGUUCAAGUGGGCGAUCCCAUUGUCAAAAAGGAUGGCCUCAAGAAUUACGUUGUUUACACACUCAAAGGUUCUGAUAAGGAUGGCUAAUUCGAAGUAUUACGUCGAUUCAAUGAGUUUGAUUGCUAUCGAAUUACUCUUCAGAUAAGAUGGCCUGGAUGUUACAUUCCUCCAUUACCAAUCAAAAAACCAGUUGGAAAUAUGGAUUAAAAGUUCAUUGAUGAAAGAAUGCAUUAUCUCAAUCUCUUUAUGAUGAAGAUGGCAACAAUCCAUCAUUUAUGGUAUUCCGAAGAAACUAAACUCUUCAUUAAAGCUGGUGGCGAUAUUGAAAAAUAAUUAGUUGCAUAAUAAAAACCAACUCCUGGUGAUAUUAUCUACAAAUAUGAAACAGUGUUUAAAGAAUUUUCAGGCAAAGAAAUUAAUGAUCAAUUACUCUCUAAGAUUGGCAAUUUCUCUUUGUUCUUAAAGAGAAUACAACCAUAAUUAGAAAUCUUCUAAUAAUAAGCCAAGUAACUUGUGCAAACAAGAAUUCAAUGCCAAGAAAAUAUGAAUCUCUUGUUAGACUACUUAAUGCCUGAAUACGAAAAGAAUUGUUUAACUGAGUAUGUUGUGAAUCCAGAGAAUAAACUUGUUUUCGUAUAACAUACCACAGAAUUAUACCAAUAAUAUCGAGCAGCCAAUGAGAAGAGUGCUCUUGAUAAUUUUGCUUUGGCUAUCAAAAUAGAAACAAGAGACAUUGAUGCUGUUCUAGAAGCCAUACAAUCCAGGGAAAAAUAUGAAUAGAUUAAACAAAACUAUUUGACUAAAUUGUGUAGUUUGAGCAAUGAGAAAAAAGACAUUGAGAAUGGCAAAACUACUUUGAAAUCUUUGUUUAAUUCAAAUAAGGAAGAAUUAAUCCAAAAAACAUAGCAAUAAAUUGAUAAUAUUUAGAAGGAGAUUGAAUAGUUGACCAUCCUAUGUGAUAUGAUAACCAUAAUUAUUGGAUAUUUCAUUCUACCUACAUACAAGCAAGAAAAAGAAAAAAAUUAUUACUAAUUAUUAAAACAGAUGGCACAACAUCAAGUUCAGAAGGCCUAAGCAGAGAGAAAUUAUUGGUUAGAUUUAGAUAAAAAUCAAAUGUUCAAUGAUGUCUGAAUUUUAUAUCUAAAUAUUACAUAUAAUAUAACGAUUGAUGUAAUCAAA